UCCAAAACGGAGUAAUUUGAAACCGAUGGAUUACUAGAACAUUUGAAACCUUAGCAAAAAUUAUGAUAGUUCUUCGCCUAGUCCAAAACGGAGCGUUAUAAAGACAAAAAAACUCAUUACAACCGAGCUUUCCCGUCAACGUGAAACCCCAACAAUGGAACCAAAAGACACAGAGAGUGCUUCUUCUAUCUUCAACAGUGUCUCCAUCGCCUCCAUCUUCCUCCUCCUCCUCCUAUGCUUGCUGCUCAACCUUUCUUACAGAGCUGAGGCUCAAGACAGGCCCACCUAUGUGUUCCAUUUCUGCAACGACAGCAGACAGACGGUGUUUUACUCCCCCAACAGCACUUACCAGAGAAACCUCAACACCCUGUUGUCUAAUCUCUCCUCCAAUGCCUCCGAUUAUGUUGGCGGCUUCACCAGUGCCACUGCUGGGCAGGUCCCGCCCGACCAGGUCUAUGGGCUCUUCCUUUGCCGCGGAGAUCAAAGCCAGGCCUCGUGCCGAGACUGCGUUGGCUAUGCAACCCAGGAAAUUCUCCGGAGGUGCCCCACGGAGAAGGACUCCAUCCUAUGGUAUGACCAGUGCAUGCUGACAUAUUCCAAUCAAUCAAUUCUGUCCUACCAGAGGGACAGGCCGGCUAUAGCGCCUGCAAAAGCAACAACCAUAUCAGACCCGGCUCGAUUCAAUAACUUGUUGGAUGAGACACUAAGCAGCCUGAUCCCGAAGGCUGCAAGCGCAGGAAAUAGAUUUGCAGUCGAAAAGGUCAAUUUUACUGUGUCGCAGCCCCUUUACACGCUUGCCCAGUGCACACCCGACUUGACCACAACGGACUGUACGAUGUGCCUACAGAUGACGGUGCAAGGCCUCCAACGAGGAAGACAAGGAGCUAGAUUCAUGAACCCAAGCUGCUACGUUCGGUAUGAGACCAAUCUAUUCUAUAACGAAACCGCUGUAGCCCCGCUGUCGCCCCCUGCUCCUCCUCCAGCCCCAACCCCAACUCCUCCAAGUUUGGUUCCAAGGCCUAAAGGUCAUAAGAUCUCAACAGCAGUAAUUAUUGCCAUUGUUGCUCCCAUUGGUGUCGCGAUCGUGGUUUUCCUCAUCUUGUGUUGUUUGCUGCGAAGGAGUGCAGCAAAGAGACCUGAAGCUGCACAAGAUGCAAGCGUUGUAAAUGAUAUCACGAUUGCUGAGUCCCUACAAUUCGAUUUUGCCGCUAUACAAGCUGCAACUGAGGAUUUCUCCGCCAAUAACAAGUUAGGUGAAGGAGGGUUCGGUGAAGUGUACAAGGGUGUGCUUCCGAGCGGAAAGCACGUAGCUGUAAAGAGAUUGUCUAGGAGUUCCAGGCAAGGUGCCGAAGAAUUCAAGAAUGAGGUCAUGGUGGUGGCCAAGCUUCAGCACAGAAAUCUCGUGCAGCUGCUCGGGUUUUGCCUGGAAGGACGAGAGAAAAUCCUUGUUUAUGAAUAUGUGCCCAACAAGAGCCUCGACUACUUCUUAUUUGACUCGAGGAAAAAGGGACUCUUGGAUUGGUCAAGGAGAUACAAGAUCAUAUCAGGGAUAGCAAGAGGGAUGCUCUAUCUUCAUCAAGAUUCCCAACUCAGGAUAAUUCACCGCGAUCUCAAAACUAGCAAUGUGUUGCUGGAUGCGGAUAUGAACCCGAAGAUUGCAGAUUUUGGAACGGCGAGGAUCUUUGGGGUUGAUCAAACACGAGGAACCACCAAGAGAGUUGUGGGAACAUAUGGUUACAUGCCCCCAGAGUACGCUAUGCACGGACAGUUCUCGGUGAAAUCUGAUGUUUACAGUUUCGGUGUCAUGGUUCUAGAGAUUAUAUCUGGUGAAAAGAACAGCUCCUUCUGUCGAUCUGGCAUUGCGGAUGACCUUCCUAGCUAUGCCUGGAAACACUGGAAGGAUGGGACAGCUAUGGAAGUGCUGGAUCCGAUUCUGAGGGACUCGUGCUCUAGAAGUGAAGUCAUUAGAUGCAUCCACAUGAGCUUACUGUGCCUUCAGGAAGACCCUACUAUUCGGCCCACUAUGGCCACGAUAGCUCUUAUGCUGAAGAGCUAUUCUGUUACUUUACCUGCCAGCCAGCAACCUGCAUUUUUCCUCCAUAGCAGGACUCAAUCCGCAAGCAAACCAAUGUCAGCGUCUGUGAACGAAGUAUUGACUACGGAAGUUGAACCACGGUAGAGGGGAGAUACUAAUGUGUAAUGAGCAAGAUGCGCACGUUAGAAGGGUCAUGAAAUUCGAUGCAUUAUGCAUGGUAAUAUGUCUGAGACUACCCGUGUGUUACGCAGAGUGGCAGAUGCAUGAGAAAAUUAAUGAUGUUCAAUAUAUUUUGUAAACGUGCUUAAAUUUUCGAUAAAUCUUUCCAUUUUUUGAAA